UUAUAUAUGACAAUACCAUUAUUUUCGGAGAAUGCAAUUCUUCAACAUAACAUUAUUUUUUUAAUAUUUUAAAUUGAAUUAUGUUAUUAAUAAGGGGUUUUAUCAUGCACGGAUGUUGGCAAAGAGGAUAUUGCAAACUUCCUAGAAGAUCAGAUUGGAUAACCAAACGUUCUCCACUUCUAGUUCAACAAUAUUUAAAAUUAAUUCGAUUUGAUAAACCAAUUGGGACAUGGUUGUUAUUUUGGCCAGGAGCUUGGUCCUUGACAUUAGCCACAUCUUUGGAAAAAAAGAAAUUAAACUUACAUACAGAUAUUUGGCCAGAAUUAUCUACUAAUACUAUAAUUGAUACCUUUUUAUUGAAUAUCAAUUUUCCUGAUCUAAAUAUAUUUUUAUACUUCGUUCUUGGUUCUUUUUUAAUGCGAAAUGCUGGCUGUAUAAUAAAUGACAUUUUUGACAAAGAUUUUGAUUCACAUGUUAAAAGGACACAAGAAAGACCAUUAGCUUCAAACAAACUUUCUACAAAACAAGCAUUGAAUCUUUUGACUUUUCAUUUAGUUGGUGCCUUUGUUAUACUUCUCCAACUUAACACAUAUACUGUUAUAUUAGGCUUAGUCUCGAUGAUACCUACUGUAACUUAUCCAUUGGCCAAACGAUAUUUUCCUUGGCCCCAAUUACAUUUGGGAAUAGUUUUUAAUUGGGGGGCUUUGAUGGGAUGGAGUGCUAUAUUUGGGAGUCUUCAACCCAUUUUACCCAUAUCCAUACUAUCCAUAGCUUGCAUAUGUUGGAUUGUUUUGUAUGACACUGUUUAUGCUCAUCAAGACAAAAUUUACGACAAAAGACUGGGACUCAACUCUACUGCUUUAUAUUUUGAGGAAAGGCCCAAAUUAUUCCUAUACACAUUAGCCGCUUUGCAAAAUUCCGCCUUAGUAUCAUUAGGUAUGUUAACAGAUCUAAACAUAUACUAUUACUUUGCCAUCCUGAUAAAUACACUAUUUUCAACGAGGGAGUUGCAUACUGUUAAUUUGGAAGAUCCUACUUCUUGCUCGAGAAAUUUUAAUCGAAAUAAAUAUAUUGGGUGGAUUAUGUUCUUAGGACUCUUAUUAUCUUGACCCUUAAACAAUAUUAAUUUCUAAUAUUCUAUUUUAAUAAAAAUUAUAAAAUAUUUUUUAAAAAAAUGGUAAAAUGUGUACAGAGAUUUUAAAAUCUCUAUUUUAAAAAAAUCUAGAUUAUUCAGAUUUAUA